AUGUCGAUGAAACGGACGACGUUUAUCCUUCCAGAACACCAGGUCCUUUUUUCAUUCUACUUUCUCAAGAACAAAGCAAUUAAUAAUCUCACCUCUGAUUCACCACAACGCUUGACUGCUCUAACAUCUGAAUCACAGCCACGCUUUACCAGUCUUCCAUUACGUAAGAACGGAAAUUUGUCCGCAAGAGAUGUACUCUCAUUCACAAUAGACGUCACAAAUAAUCCGGGUCCUCUGGAAGCACUGAGUGCACAUCUAUGGAUAUUAAUGCGCAAGCGCAAACGGAAGAACAAUCGAGGAAAAAAGAUAUUCUUGGAAGUAUUAAGUAUAGACGAUAAUGACGCAGAUUACGAGGUGCUGACUAGCCUAAUUACACGUGUUAAAAAAACAAGAUGGCAGAAAGUGAGUUUGCCGGUUACUUUUAUUCAGUCACUUUUAGACUCCAACACACGACGACUACGGCUUCGAAUAACAUGUAGAAGAUGUGGAAAAGUGGUGCGUCCAGUUUUGUUUAAAAAGCAUAAAAAUCUCAGAAAAAAAUCGCGCAGAAAGACUCUGAAGAAGGAGAAGAGGCGAUCACAUCAAAAACGGCAAGCCGCAGAAAUGCGCAGGCUAAACCGGAGAUCGCGCAGACAUGAACGGAUUCCACCAUUCCUUGUUAUAAGCACUCGAUAUAAACAUACGGUUUCUACAAGGAUGUAAAAUUAACUGUUGAUUUAUUAGGACUAUAUGUAAUGUAUCUCUACAACUGCGAUAGAUACAUGUACAUAAAUAUAGAUUUAUAUCUAUUAAAAAUCUAUAUGUAUGCAGAUAAAUGUAUAGAUGUGUGUAACAGGUAUUCCGUCUUUGCGUAUUGCAGAGUUAUCUUCACUUGGGAGCAGGUAUUG